CACCGCCUGGCUGCUCCGCUCCACCCAGCGCAGAGGGACCCGGAGAGGCCGGAGGCGCGGACUCCGGUUGGGAUUUCGGAGGCAGGGGAGAGAACCGCCAGGAGCCUGCUCUGCCCUGGACGAGGUGGCGGGGCGUGGGGCUCGGUGAACUAUGAAGGGCCGGCGGCGGCGGCGCCGAGAGUACUGCAAGUUCACGCUGCUCCUGGUGCUGUACACGCUUCUGCUACUGCUCGUCCCCUCUGUACUGGACAGUGGCAGCGAGCAGGACAAGGGUGUCAGGCACUGCCCCGGUCUGCAGCGCAGCUUGGGCGUGUGGAGCCUGGAGGCGGCGGCGGCUGGAGAGCGUGAGCAGGGAACGGAGGUGCGGUCCCGGGCCGACCGGGACGCGGGUCGAUCCCCUGGGUCCCCGAGCAACCUCAGCGCCGUCGGUGAGGCGGUGGCCCAGGAGAAGCAACACAUCUAUGUGCAUGCCACCUGGCGUACCGGCUCGUCCUUCCUGGGCGAACUCUUCAACCAGCACCCGGACGUUUUCUACUUGUACGAGCCUAUGUGGCAUCUGUGGCAGGCGCUGUAUCCGGGCGACGCCGAGAGCCUGCAAGGCGCGCUGAGGGACAUGCUGCGCUCUCUCUUCCGCUGUGACUUCUCCGUGCUGAGGCUCUACGCACAGCCCGGGGACCCCGAGGCGGCGCGAGCACCGGACUCAGCCAACCUAACCACGGCCAUGCUUUUCCGCUGGCGGACCAACAAGGUCAUCUGCUCGCCGCCGCUGUGCCCCGCCGCGCCCCGCGCGCGCUCCGAGGUGGGCCUCGUCGAGGACAAAGCUUGCGAGAGCAGCUGCCCGCCCGUGCCGCUCCGCGCCCUGGAGGCCGAGUGUCGCAAGUACCCGGUGGUGGUCAUCAAGGACGUGAGGCUGCUCGACCUGGGCGUGCUGGUGCCCUUGCUGCGUGACCCGGGCCUCAACCUGAAGGUGGUGCAGCUCUUCCGUGACCCGCGGGCGGUACACAACUCGCGCCUCAAGUCGAGGCACGGGCUGCUGCGCGAGAGCAUCCAGGUGCUGCGCACGCGCCAGAGGGGGGACCGCUUCCACCGGGUGCUUCUGGCGCACGGCGUGGGCGCCCGUCCGGGAGGCCAGGCCCGAGUGCUGCCCUCCGCUCCGCGAGCCGAUUUCUUCCUAACCAGCGCCCUCGAGGUGAUCUGCGAGGCCUGGCUGCGCGACCUGCUGUUCGCGCGCGGCGCGCCCACCUGGCUCCGCCGUCGCUACCUGAGGCUGCGCUACGAGGACCUGGUGUGGCAGCCCCAAGCCCAGCUGCGCCGCCUGCUGCGCUUCUCCGGGCUGCGGACGCUCGCGGCGCUAGAUGCCUUCGCCUUCAACAUGACGCGCGGCUCGGCCUACGGCGCCGAUCGGCCCUUCCACCUGUCUGCGCGCGACGCCCGAGAGGCUGUGUACGCCUGGCGCGAGCGCCUGAGCCAAGAGCAGGUGCGCCAGGUGGAGGCCGCCUGCGCCCCCGCCAUGCGACUCCUGGCCUACCCUCGCAGCAGAGAAGAGGGCGACAUGCAGACCGCCAGGGAAGGGGAGACACCUCUAGAGACCAAGACCAACUGGGCCACGUAACACUCUGAUCCCGAGCCCGGCCCCGGGGCUGAUCCAGGUCAGUGGCCACAAACAGGUGAGCUCAGCAUGCUGCACCAACAGUGGAGAGGCUGUACGGUGGAAGCAAUCUAUCACACAGUCAGAGACUGGGACAGAUUUGGUACCAACUGCUGUGAAAAUCUGCUGGUCAGGAACAUCACAAGCUGUUAAGUAAUGACAGACACAUUGGCUGAGAUGAAGUUUCCAGAAAGGAAGUGACAGUGCAAUGUGAUUAUUUAUGGCCAUAAAAUAGGAAAAGCUUUGGUUCCCAAGCUGAACUUGGCUCUGCUUGAGACAUUUCAACAAGGCAUCCUCACAACAAAGAAAUGGGAUCUGGUUCCAUUUCACAUCAGCAGAUGUCUGGACAAAGUCAUCAACGUGAACAAGGGCCAAGUGCAGUUGUGUCUAUCUUGAUUAAAUUACUUUAUAUUAAAUAAAAGAUCUGGGUGGUAUUGUUUCCAAAAGAAUUACCCAUCUAGAUUUCCUUAAGAGCCCUCCUCCUGUCGAACCAUUUUUUUAAAAAGUCAGUUUUCCUGGGGGCAGGAGAGCUGUAAUAAAUGGAAACAUUUUUUGCUUUCAAA